UAAUUUCUUAUCAAAAUUUCCAGAACCCUUUUUUUGUUCAUCUCCAAACAUUUUAAAUUAAGGUGUGUUUCUAUGUGGCUAUUGAUAGCAUAGAAGAAGGCAAUUUAUGCAAAACAAGUUUUGAAUUUACCGCCAAAUGUUCUAGAUCAUUCAAAAAAAGAAUAAGAAUUUACUCAGAGUCUAUUGCAAACUUCACAUCGAUGUUUUCAACAUUUUUCUUAAAAAGUUUUCUAGGUCUUUAACUUUAAUAAUAACGAAAUAACGUCCAUUUUGCUUUCAAAUGUGUUUUUUUAACUUACGGACUUAUUGUAGAAUUAUAUUUGUACGUUUUUAAAUCCCGCUUUGAUUUGUUUUUAACCGAUUUAAGAGUUGGUUAAAUCAACUUCUGUUGAUGGUUAACCUUCUCCUUAAUUUAAAACCACAAGCUUGAGAAAUAUGGAAAAGAAUAGUUUAACUGGUAUCAGAAAACUUCCAGCUGUAUUUAAUUUUUCAAUUACAAAGCCUAUUACUGGGACCGGCAAAAAUACCAAUACAGGUAAAACUACAGAAGAUAGGAACGUAAUACAAGCAGAUAAUAAAUCUAAAAGAACUAAUAAUAACUUAAAUCCCAGUAAAAGGUUAUGUAAGCGUACUGAAGUUGAAUAUGACAAGUCAGAAAGAUUCUCCCCUGUAGCUGAAUUAGACAUCGCCAAUGGUGUGCUUAUCAAGGGUAUGUAUUCUACGGAACUUGUUGAAUGUGAAAAGGACAGCAAAAACCAAUAUUUUGAUUAUACAGCUCCAAAUGAUGAAGUUAGUCCUAUGGAAUGUGAAGAUUGCGAUGAAUCAGAACAACCAUAUCCUGUUUGCAAUGGUGUGAAUGGAAAUCAAAAACAGGUGAAUAACAGUCAUGCUGCAGGAGAUAGGAUACAUACAGAACAAGAAAUUUCAAAUAAAACAGCUAGAUCAAAUAGUCAACCAGAUAUGUUACCAGAUAAUGAGAUACUUAAUUAUGAAGUUGAUUCUGAGAAUGAAUCGAAACUUUCGAGUCUAGAAGCGGGUUUUUCGGACGAAGAAGCUCUUCUAGAAGAAUAUUAUGAUGAUGAAGAUGUACCGACAGAUGAUCAUGAUGAUGUACCGACAGAAAGAGAUCAAGAAACUGAGGAAAUGUUCGAAGAAGAAAUGCUCGCAAGUGAAUUUGAAUAUGAAGACGAUGUAAAUACCCAACAGGAAACACUUUCAAAUACAGAAGAUGAUGACGAUCAGUUUUUGAAAGAUCUCAUAAAGGCACCAUUGUGUAUUGACGUUUUCGAGAGACCAGUAAGAGCGUGGCCUGCCAACAAUCAUUUCAAGCCUACCCGAUUGUUUUUAAAGGAUAUAGGGUAUAUUCGCCCAGUUGUUGCUAAAGAUAACCACGUUUUUGAUGUUAAAAGUUCCGAUCAGUUUCAUCAGAAAGUGGCAGAUAAUUUUGUAUUUAAAAGCCCGCAACCACCUAAACCAGUGCCGCACAAGCGAAAGGAGCUAAGUAUUACUCCGGUUAAACAUGACGAUGAUGCUAUUUCAUUGUAUGCGCCAACGUUGUCUGAAUUAUCGGACGACGAAGAUUGUGAUUCACCUUCAACUCAUUUUUCUCGCACCGGCUCCUUGGAAAGGAACCGACGCGUCAUUAAAUCAACUCGAGAAAAUUCUGAUCUUAUCGACAAAGAUUCUCGCGAUUUCGAAUUUCGACAGGAAGAACCGUCAUACAGUUCUCGCAAUUUGGAAUGGCGACAGGAAACCGUGCCUGGCAUUUCUCGUGAUUUGGAAUGGCGGCAGGAAGCCGUGCCAGGUAUUUCUCGCAAUUCGGAAUGGCGACAGGAAACCGUGCCAGGCAUUUCUCGCAAUUCGGAAUGGCGACAGGAAACCGUGCCAGGCAAUUCUCGUGAUUUGGAAUGGCGACAGGAAACUGUGCCAGGCAAUUCUCGUGAUUUGGAAUUGCGGCAGGAAAACUUGACAAAUAGUUCUCGAAAUUUGGAAUUGCAACAAGAAAAGCUGCCAAAUGGUUCUCUACAGGGACAUAAUCCACAACCAAACAACGCGUAUUGCAUGGACCAGAUACCUUACGUUUUCUAUGGUUUAUGUUUUAAGCAUUUCUUGAAUGGCAGCUGCAGAAGAAAAACAUGCCAUGUUACUCAUCAUAUAUUGCACGACAUCUUCGUUGCGAAAUGUCGAAAAGUAAAGCCAUCUACGAAGUUGAUUGAAGCGUACGAAUAUAGCAAAAAAUACCCGGUGUUGUUUGAAGCUGCUCAUACAUGUUUUAUAGAUGUAUUUGCUUACUUAAAACUAGAAGAGCAGUUGAUCAAUUGUGUCUUCGAUUUUAUUACGAUGCAGCACAAAAUAGACUUUCCGAAAGCAAUAAGAAAAGUCGUCGCAGCUCUAAACAAUGGUUUUACUAUUACGUUAGAAACUUUCGACAAGAUCGAACGUAGAGUGGAUUUAAAGCAGUACCCGGUUUUAGUUGAGGCUCUAAUGGAGGCACUUUCAAUGCAACGUGUGUCUCAAAAUUGGUGUAUGCUCAGGAAACUGAUCCACGUAAACAAUUAUAUUGCCCCAGAAAUUGUCAAUAAAUUAUUGAUGAGUUUUACGUCUGUAAUACCCCUCGACCCAGUAAUCUCGCAGAGCAUAUACGAAGAAAUAAUUGAAAAACAGUUGACAGAUGUAUCCAAAGUGUCGCCUAGAUUCUUAAAUGCGUUGAACAAACCUGUUAACUUCUUCGGAGAAACUGCGUGGAAUGGAAACCACAAUCCACGUGAGCUUGUUCGCUCCAGAUCAGAUGAAAGCAUCUCUGAAGGUUAUAUGCCAGGUAAUAAGCGCCAGGUUAAGCGCUGUAGAUCGAAUGAAAUGAUUUCUGCAGAUAUUCAAGUUAAGACAGAGGAUAGGUAUGCUCCAUAUACAUCUAAUGCCACGUCACGGUCUAACGAAGGAUAUAACAAAAAAUCGUCAACUUAUGGCAAUCAAUCAAGAUACAAAUCAUUUCUAGAUCAAAUAGAUGAUGUGCAAACCGUAGUAUUAUUUCCAACAAGUCCUAUUGUCGGAGAAUUUAAGUAUAGCAAUCCCCUCUCCUUGACUUCUUCAAUAUCCCUGCACGAUUUAUUACCUGCCUCCGAGCCUACAAUGGGCUCGAUAGAUCACGUAGAUCUUCAAAAAUGCAUAAGGUUUUUGAAUGCAGGAACUUUCUUGGACUAUUUGAAGAAAGACGAAAUUCUUUCUGCGAUGGAGCAUUUUUUAUUUCAGUGUACGACGGAAUUUGCCAGGGAUUCAUCGACCUUUUUGAAAAUGACAGACCACAUAAAAAUUGUGGACCCGUCUUAUAAUAAAAACCCUAUUCUCAAAGGAGUCUUAGAAGUGAUUGCUUUCAAUCUGAUCAUACUCUUAGAUAAGCGGGGUGAAUUUGAAGCUGCUAAAAAACUAAUAGAAACAUUUUUAGAUUGGGAUAGUAUGUUAACGUCAAAGAUAUUAGUGGUCCAAGGAAACAUAACUCAUAUGGGCAAAUACAUACAAUUGGCAACUAUUUUAGUGAAAUCAAACGGUUUCUUUUUAGGUUUUGCAAUCCUAAGUUCGCUGGGAUUGAAGUUGAUGGAGCACCCGCAAAAUUGGCCCCUUAAUAAUAACAAAAUGGAUUUGCAAAAUCGAAACAGUUUGCUAAACAUAUUUCUAGAGCGUGCCAAGACGUAUGCGAAACCAGAGUUAUUCGGAUUAUACAAUCAUAUGUUCUCGACGCAUCUAUAUGGAUUUGAUGCCCGUAAGCCUUUCAAUUCGAUGCUGAAGAAUGUAUUUAAACAAAAAGAUUGGUCGUAUCUUAGCCACUUUUCCUUGAGUACAGAGGUAUUUUGCAAAAAUAUGGACAUCGACAAACUGCGUGCUUUUAUCGUUACCAUGGCACCGCGAUCAAAAUUAAUUGAUCAAAGGUUGAAAUAUUUCGAAUGUGGGUGUAUGAUGGGGAUAUAUCCCAGGAUAUCUGGUCAAGAAUCAAUGAUUAAAAUCGAAGUAAGUAUGCCCGAGACAGAGAUUCAGCUGUUUCUUGAACAAUAUUUCUACAAGAUGCGAUUGUCUUUGAAGACCUAUAACUCACAGAAGAUCAAAUUACCCCCGGGACUCACGAUAGUUAUUAGUGUAUCGCGUGUUUCUGAAGGAGAACUGGAUUAUCUUGAACUGAUAGACAGUACUCAAUGGACUUAUGCAAAUACACAUCGCACCAUAAAAACCUUGUUGGUGGACCAUUUUAGGUUCGACGAAAUGCAGUUGUCUAGUCCCGAUGAUAAAACGAUAAGAAUAUCUGCUGAAUCUUUGAUGUCAUGGGCCACGAGAAAAUAACCUGUGAUAAAUUGAUGUUGAAUAUGUUGAGGUAUGCCAGUUUUUAUAUGCUAGUAUGGUAGAAAUUUUUAAGAACCGCCGGUGCUCUCAACUCCCCUAUACAAUGUCCUGUAGGCGUACCACCCGAAAAAAGAUUUUCCGAGCGCAACUCUCACCUUCCAUCGACCAGCGAAGGGAUAAUGGUUGCGAAGGCAACACUGAGGAUCGUAGUCAUCUAAGAGUGGUAAGGAUUUAUAGACGAGGAACUGACAAAUCGAAAAUCCGGCAACUUACGCAUCUAUUUUAAAAUUCAAUAAGCGAUGCAGGAGAUAUAAACAUUAGUUGCCGACGACGUCGUCACCAACAGAAUAGAGAUUAUUAUUUCGUUUAGUUUUCGAAUAUUCUUGGAGCAUCGUUACAUGCAUAAUUGCUUAAAUUAUUCAUUAAUUUAAUUAAUAGGAUUAUCUUUUACAUUAACUCUGUAUUCAAUGAUUAUGAUAAUUUAUAUACUAUACAAUAAAAACUAAUAAUCGAGAAAAGAGAAAAAGUGAUAAAGUGGUUUUAAUAAUAUGUAUACUGUUACUAUGGAAUGAGUAGAUAAAUUUUGAACAUCUUUAACAAUUAAAAUCGUUGUUUACAUACCCUGCAUCGCUGAUUGAAAUUGAGUAAAAUUUCAUGAACAAGAGUAACGCGCUAAUGUUUUAACAUACGUAUUCACUUAUUCUUUGGUUUACUAAAGUUGUGCUAUAUACCAUGUUUUUAAACUAGGAGGAGUGAUUCAAAUGUACCGCGCCGUAAUGCUUGUUUGUAAUUGGUACAACCUUAGGCAAGUUUACUCCACUGUUAUGAAAUUUUGACACUUGGCAUUUCAUAGGUUAAUUAAGUUAUAUUAAUUAACCUUAUUAAGUUAUUCCUUUACUUUUUAGAAAUUUAGUCUGCUUUUAUAUAAAAAAGUUUAGAACUCUUUAGCGACGUAUUAGUAUAAUAUAAUAUUUAUGGAUUACUGUCGAAGGUCGACAUGAUAAACCAAACAAGAAGAUGAAUUUGGAGAUUUUUCUAGUGACAUUAUCGGGUGUGAAUCUCUCUUUUGAGUUUACUCCUCCUAGUUUAAAAACGGUAUAAUACACUACAAUUUGCAAAGUCUUCAAAUCAUUCAGGAAGAUUUUUUUCCCGAACCACUUCACCCAACGCACAGUGGUUUCAAAUGCUGAAAUCGUGGUUAUGAGGUAUAAAAAAGUCCCCAUCUAGAGAUUUUCAUGUUUACAGUUGUUUUCUCAUACUAUCGUAGAGUUGUAAUACGCAGGUAUAAGGAUCAAACCGGAUGUAUUCUUAUUCAUAGCUCAGGGACAAGUUAACUAUAUACAACGUUAUUUUGGCCAGAAAUGACAGUGAACAAGAACGCGUAUAUUGAAAACGCUGUAAAACGUUUUGUGGUUUAUUAAUUUUACCGCUGUAAAGCACAUUCUUCUUUUUCAAGUAUGUAUGAAUGUAAGAUAAAGGUUGGCUUAAGAUUUCAUAACAGUAAAUGCAUAAAAUUUAUGCAUAACUAUGCGUAAAUGCAUACUUGAAAUUUUGUAAAGAUACAAUCAAAAGGUACCGAGUUCUGCAUAGUUCUGCGACCAGAGCUGGGCCGGGUACUGAUAAAUUGUACUUGGGUACAGAUUACCGGGUACUUUUCAUAUUUGAGGAACGAGUACAUUGCUCAAAAAAAGUACUUAAGAGUACAAUACUUAAAGUACAAUUACCCGAAUUUCUUGGGUACUUAUUUCGAGUACAUUUGAAUAUAGAACCCGAAAAAAGGUAAGAAGGUAUUAAUUAUCUCUGCCUCUCUAAACAUAUUUAUUUAUGAGUCAUGAAAACAUAAAUUAACGUACAACUCCAACUUAAAUAAAAAAAAAUAAGAAUUUUAAAAAUUGAUCAUUGAUUAAUACAAUAAAAUCUGUCAGUAACGGCCACUAAAAAUCAAGGAACUAUUGGUCGAUAUAGAAAGGUGGCCGGUAUUUCCAGUUUUUGUAGUCCACAAAGACAUAAAAGAUAAUUGGAACUUUGUAAAGUUAAGAAUUUUUCAACCCACUUUUAUUUUUUUAUAUCCUUUGAUAAUUUGAGUUUUUACACCAUAUUCUUCGGCCAACUUUUGUAAAUUGUAAUCAUAUAAAUAGUGACAAACUUUUCUCUUUUACAACACUUUUACGACAUUUUAUUAUAGGAUUUUAAGAACCUAUUGUGACCACCGACCCGAUGCAGGUUAUUUAAUCUCCUGUUUAGGUAGAUACAAUAGGUUCUAAUAAAUAGUACUGGGAAUUUCCAUCAACAAAUAGACAAAACUAUUUUAACAAAAUUAUUUUGUCCAACAUUGACAUUCAAUUUCUAUAAAAUGGGCUUUAAAAAUAUGUGAUUAUUUGGCCGAGUCCGUAUUAUAAAGGUGGCCGUAAAUAGCAGGUUAUAAAUAAGGGAAUAUACAUAUACGAUGGACUCUCUCUAUAACGAACAUGGAUAUUACGAGGUUUUUCGCUUAUAACGAGAUACACUAGAUGUCCCAUGAAGUUCCUAUUGAACUAUAACACCUCUAUAACGCGGCAUAUUUGGUUAUAACGAGGAAAAAUGAAAUCGAAGAAUUUGUUUCUUUACCUGUUUUUAGGGCAGUAAUGGCUAUAAAUAAAUACCACAGUUCCCAACUGCCUGUAUACAGGGUGUCCCGGAAAAUAGUGCGUUCCUUAAAGGUAUAGGUAGAAGGCACCAUGUAGAACAAAAAACUCUUAUAACAUUUUUUUCUAAAUGCAACCGUUUGACCAAAAAAUUAAAAUGUAUUUUGGUAUCCAAAUUUAAAUCUGACAACUAUGUGCGGUACGCAAAUUUAAGCAUAGACAGUCCCAUGUAAAUAGAUAGAAGAUGAUAGUAAACAGAUAUUAGUUUUAAAGAAUCCUGUUUAGUGUCAAUGCUGAAAAUGUUUUCGAAUAGUGAGUGUAUUAUGUUAUUACCUAUGAAUGGUGUUUGUGAAAGGUUACUUGAAACAUCUAUUCGGUAUAUUAAUUAUUUUCAAGUAAGUACAACUUAGUUAUUUCAGUUCACAAGUAAACAAAUUACUGAGACAUUAUCUGGUGUAUUUAAGUUCCACUGUAAACUAUUAAAACUAUGUAAUUCAGUUAAAGCCCUCAGCAAUACUCAGCAUUCAACCCAUUUAAACCUUACUAAAUACAUAAUACUAGUUUAGUUAAAAGAUGUGUUUUUAUGUUAAAAGAUGUGUAAUUCGUUUAAAAU